AACACGAGAAAGCAUCAUAAGAAUGAAUGGAGAAUGAAAGAACAUUACAAAUUGUCCAAAUAGUCGUCAAUUCUCAACAAAAUCCAAAAGAAAAUGUCCAAAACAAAGUCCAAGUCCAAGAAAUCUGAAUCGGAGGAGGAUUCCUGUGAGGAAAGCAGUGCCACUAGUUCAGAGUCCCAAUCAUCAGACCAAGACGGUGAGGAAAAACUGACGAAGAGAAGCAAGCACAAGAAUAAGAAGACGAAGAAGUCGUCCAAGAAAAAACACAAGUCCAAGUCAGAUUCUGGAAGUGAAUCGUCUUCGGAGUCAUCAUCGGAUGAAGGAAAAAAUGCUGCAAAAAAGAAAUCUAAAUCAAAUGAAAAGGAAAAAAUGCGGACGAAGCAGGAAAGGAGACCAAGGUCUUUGAGUGGUGAACGUGGAAGAGAUAUGCGUUCUAAGUGGGAAAGUCCGAAAAGAAGUCACCGAAGCAGAGACAGGAGUCGGAGUCGUCAGAGAGAAAGAUCUCAGGAAAGGGAUCGAUAUCGUUCCAACAGAGACCACAGAGAUAGAUUUGAUGUCAAACGGGAAAGAAAUGAGAGCAGGGAUUUCAAGCGUGACCCUGAUGGUGGAUACAGAGGCAACUAUCAAAGAAGAGAACGCAGUCCACAAAGAGAAAGGGAAAGAUCCAGAGAACGUGGUAUUAAACGAGAAUCUCGUGGAAUAGACAACCGCUUCAAAAACCGUAGAAGAGAUGACGAUGACAAAAACUACGAAUGGGGGAAACCAUCCCAAGAGGAAAAGAAGCCUGAAGUGAAGCAAGAGGAAAAGGACAAGGAAAAACCCAAUUUCGGUCUCAGUGGAGCCCUUACUGAAGAUACAAAUAAAGUUAAUGGUGUCGUCAUCAAAUAUGCCGAACCUCUGGAAGCCAGAAAACCAAAGAGACGUUGGCGUCUAUACCCCUUCAAAGGGGAAACAGCUCUGCCCGUAUUGCACAUACACAGGCAAUCGUGUUUUCUGGUGGGAAGAGAUCGCAAAGUCGUCGAUCUGCCCGUUGAUCAUCCUAGCUGCUCAAAGCAACACGCAGCACUUCAAUAUAGAUUGGUGCCGUUCGAACGUGAAGAUGGCACAACCGGUAAGAGGGUUCGUCUCUAUCUGAUCGAUUUGGAUUCUGCCAAUGGCACAUUUCUGAACAACAAACGCAUAGACGCACGCAAGUACUAUGAGCUAAUGGAAAAGGAUGUGAUCAAAUUUGGCUUCAGUACUCGCGAAUAUGUCCUAUUGCAUGAAAACAGUAAAGAAGAUCAGGAGGACGACGAUAUUGAGAUUAAAGAAGAAAAUUGAAUCAUUUUACUAGACUUAUUAAUCCAAAUAAAAUAUAUAGAAUAUUCAAA